AGCAAAGCAAGGAAAAUAUAAAUAUACUUGAGGCAUAGCCACAUAAACCGCCCAACAUAAAAAUAUCAAAAUUUCAAGAAAUAGAUGAUGAUGUGAAAACCGCAUUAAUUAUCCAAAACAAUAAAUUAUGUGCAUCACUUAUUUGUACGUGUGUUGUGUGCGUAUUGUAUGCCGAGAUCUGUUGACAUAUUGAAGUUUUUACAGAGAUAAACUAAUUGAAAAACAAAAGCCAACUCGACUCGACAGCAGCACAUGUUAGUAAGAAACAAACGUCAAAAAUGAAUGAAAAAAGCUGGCGUCACAAGCGUAAAUUUUAAUCAUAACGCAAGUGCACAAAUAUUCCCAUAAAAGUUAAUUUAAAACAAAGAACAAAAUGCUGGGACGCACACAGAAGUUGUUGCUGGGACUAACCGUAUUGCUGCUAGUCAAUGUGCUCUCGGUGGUAUUUAAGCAACUCACUGAGUUUAUGUUUGACGAGAAGGCGUAUAACAAGCCCUUUUUAAGCACCUACUUCAAGACCUCAAUGUUCAGCAUUUAUUUGCUAAUCAUUGGACUUAUAGCGCCCUGGAAGGAAAGCUGUGAACGUCAACAUGGCAAUUAUACAAUAAUGGAACAGCAUGCCGACGAGGAGAAUUAUUAUUCCAAUCAAGCUGCCCUAAGUGAUCCCACAUUUGUGCCGAUACGCGUUGCUAAUCCAAUCAAUGGCGUGCAGUCUGGCACGGAGAGCGACGACUCCAGCGUACGUAGCGUGCGUUUUUCCAAACUUGCAGAAGUACGGGAAAUGUCUGCACAUGAAGCUACUGAUGCUUUGAUGGCACGUCUUAGUUAUGCUGCUAGCAUGCGCAUUAGACGGCAGAAAACGCACCACAAGACCGCAAAGACAGCGCUGCUCUUUUGCCUGCUGUGGUUUAUGGCCAACUACUUUGCCGAAGUAGCACUGCAGAUGGGCGACGAGGCCAUGGUUACGCUUAUACGUUGCGCGGCAGCUGCUUUAUUCACCUUAAUACUCGCCGCCGUGUUUCCCUCUUCCUUUGGUGAUAAGCUAACUAUAACCAAGUUGUUGGCUGUGGGCAUCAGCAUCGCAGGCAUAGUGUUUAUAGCUAUGCAGAACUUGCAGGACACUCAGCUGACAAGAGGCGCAUUAUUAGCUGUCUUAAGCUCUUUUUUUUAUGCCUCGUAUUUGGUGUUUGUCAAGAGAAAAAGUGAUACUGAGGAAAAGGUGGAUAUACCCCUAUUCUUUGGAUUUGUGGGCCUUUGGAACUUACUGCUGCUUUGGCCUAUUCUCUUUAUUCUACAUUUUACGCGCAUCGAAUCUUUUGAGCUGCCCAGCCAGGGCCAAUUCGCAUUGCUCUUUCUCAGCGGAUUUCUUUGCACUGUGCUAGGAGUGGCCUUGUGGCUCUGGGGAUGUUUUCUCACUUCCUCACUUGUGGGCACGCUUAGUCUAUCGCUGCAAAUACCUCUUCGGAUUGCCAUAGCAGCGCUGAUCAACGACAAGGAAUUUAAUUCAAUUUUCUGCUUGGGUACUUUGGCCCUGAUAUUGGCUUUGCUUCUGGUGGUCUUAUUGCUGCGCAACGAUGAGUCCGAUCCGCUCAUGAAGUUAUUUAAGAUUGUGUACAGGAAAAUCUGUGGCUGCCACAAGCCGAAUGUUGUCAGGGUCACUGAUGACGAGCAACAGGAAUCUCUUAUAAGUAGCAGCGAUUAAUGCUAACCCUAGGACUAGAAGGCUUUUUAAAAACGCGCUUCUAACUUGAUAUUGCUCAGAAUGCAAUGCAAUUCAACACUUGGCUGUUUAAGAGUUCGAUUCGAAUCGAUCUUUAAUCUAUAGCGAUAAAAACAUUAGCAUAUAUAUAUUAUUUAUAUAU